AUGGUCGCAAGAAAGGUCGCAAGAAAGGUUGCAAAAAUGGUCGUAAAAAUUGUCGUGAAAAUGGUCGUAAAAAUUGUCGUGAAAAUGGUCGUAAAAAUUGUCGUGAAAAUGGUCGUAAAAAUUGUCGUGAAAAUUGUCGUAAAAAUUGUCGUAAAAAUUACCGCAAAAAUUGUCGUAAAAAUUACCGCAAAAAUUACCGCAAAAAUUACCGCAAAUUAUACCAUACAAUUGCGUACGCAGAAUUUACCAUUCGCGCUGUAUGCGUAA